ACUGACGGCAUGAAGCCUUUAGGGGCACACAGUACUCUCAGCUUGUUGGUGGAAGCCCCUCAUCUGCCUUCAUUCUGAAGGCAGGGCCCGGCAGAGGAAGGAUCGGAGGGUCCCGGCCGGCGGGGCCAACCCAACUCAGAGGGAGAGGAAGGGGGUAGAGACACGAAGAAAGCAAACCAUCAAAUUUAGAAGAGAAAGCCCUUUGACUUGUUCCCCCUCUCCCUCCCCAAUGGCUGUGUAGCAAACAUCCCCGGCGAUACCUUGGAAAGGACGAAGUUGGUCUGCAGUCGCAAUUUCGUGGGUUGAGUUCACAGUUGUGAGUGCGGGGCUCGGAGAUGGAGCCGUGGUCCUCUAGGUGGAAAACGAAACGGUGGCUCUGGGAUUUCACCGUAACAACCCUCGCAUUGACUUUCCUCUUCCAAGCUAGAGAGGUCAGAGGAGCUGCUCCAGUUGAUGUACUAAAAGCACUAGAUUUUCACAGUUCUCCAGAGGGAAUAUCAAAAACAACGGGGUUUUGCACAAACAGAAAGAAUUCUAAAGACUCAGAUACUGCUUACAGAGUUUCAAAGCAAGCACAGCUCAGUGCCCCAACAAAACAGUUAUUUCCAGGUGGAACUUUUCCAGAAGACUUUUCAAUAUUAUUUACAGUGAAACCAAAAAAAGGAAUUCAGUCUUUCCUUUUAUCUAUAUAUAAUGAGCAUGGUAUUCAGCAAAUUGGUGUUGAGGUUGGAAGAUCACCUGUUUUUCUGUUUGAAGACCACACUGGAAAACCUGCCCCAGAAGAUUAUCCCCUCUUUAGAACUGUUAACAUCGCUGAUGGGAAGUGGCAUCGGGUAGCAAUCAGCGUGGAGAAGAAAACUGUGACAAUGAUUGUUGAUUGUAAGAAGAAAACCACGAAACCACUUGAUAGAAGUGAGAGAGCAAUUGUUGAUACCAAUGGAAUCACGGUUUUUGGAACAAGGAUUUUGGAUGAAGAAGUUUUUGAGGGGGACAUCCAGCAGUUUUUGAUCACAGGUGACCCCAAGGCAGCAUAUGACUACUGUGAGCAUUAUAGUCCAGACUGUGACUCUUCAGCACCCAAGGCUGCUCAGGCUCAGGAACCUCAGAUAGAUGAGUAUGAACCAGAGGAUAUAAUCGAAUAUGACUAUGAGUAUGGGGAAGCAGAGUAUAAAGAGGCUGAAAGUGUAACAGAGGGACCCACUGUAACUGAGGAGACAAUAGCACAGACGGAGGCAAAUAUCAUUGAUGAUUUUCAAGAAUACAACUAUGGAACAAUGGAAAGUUACCAGACAGAAGCUCCUAGGCGUGUUUCUGGGACAAAUGAGCCAAAUCCAGUUGAAGAAAUAUUUACUGAAGAAUAUCUAACGGGAGAGGAUUAUGAUUCCCAGAGGAAAAAUUCUGAGGAUACACUAUAUGAAAACAAAGAAAUAGACGACAGGGACUCUGAUCUUCUGGUAGAUGGAGAUUUAGGCGAAUAUGAUUUUUAUGAAUAUAAAGAAUAUGAAGAUAAACCAACAAGCCCCCCUAAUGAAGAAUUUGGUCCAGGUGUACCAGCAGAAACUGAUAUUACAGAAACAAGCAUAAAUGGCCAUGGUGCAUAUGGAGAGAAAGGACAGAAAGGAGAACCAGCAGUGGUUGAGCCUGGUAUGCUUGUCGAAGGACCACCAGGGCCAGCAGGACCUGCAGGUAUUAUGGGUCCUCCAGGUCUACAAGGCCCCACUGGACCCCCUGGUGACCCGGGCGAUAGGGGUCCCCCAGGACGUCCUGGCUUACCAGGGGCUGAUGGUCUACCUGGUCCUCCUGGUACUAUGUUGAUGUUACCGUUCCGUUAUGGUGGUGAUGGCUCCAAAGGACCAACCAUCUCUGCUCAGGAAGCUCAGGCUCAAGCUAUUCUUCAGCAGGCUCGGAUUGCUCUGAGAGGCCCACCUGGCCCAAUGGGUCUAACUGGAAGACCAGGUCCUGUGGGGGGGCCUGGUUCAGCUGGGGCCAAAGGUGAGAGUGGCGAUCCAGGUCCUCAGGGCCCUCGAGGCGUCCAGGGUCCCCCUGGUCCAACGGGAAAACCUGGAAAAAGGGGUCGUCCAGGUGCAGAUGGAGGAAGAGGAAUGCCAGGAGAACCUGGGGCAAAGGGAGAUCGAGGGUUUGAUGGACUUCCAGGUCUGCCAGGUGACAAAGGUCACAGGGGUGAACGAGGUCCGCAAGGUCCUCCAGGUCCUCCUGGUGAUGAUGGAAUGAGGGGAGAAGAUGGAGAAAUUGGACCAAGAGGUCUUCCAGGUGAAGCUGGCCCACGAGGUUUGCUGGGUCCAAGGGGAACUCCAGGAGCUCCAGGGCAGCCUGGUAUGGCAGGUGUAGAUGGCCCCCCAGGACCAAAAGGGAACAUGGGUCCCCAAGGGGAGCCUGGGCCUCCAGGUCAACAAGGGAAUCCAGGACCUCAGGGUCUUCCUGGUCCACAAGGUCCAAUUGGUCCUCCUGGUGAAAAAGGACCACAAGGAAAACCAGGACUUGCUGGACUUCCUGGUGCUGAUGGGCCUCCUGGUCAUCCUGGGAAAGAAGGCCAGUCUGGAGAAAAGGGUGCUCUGGGUCCUCCUGGUCCACAAGGUCCUAUUGGCUACCCUGGCCCCCGAGGAGUCAAGGGAGCAGAUGGUGUCAGAGGUCUCAAGGGAUCUAAAGGUGAAAAGGGUGAAGAUGGUUUUCCAGGAUUCAAAGGUGACAUGGGUCUAAAAGGUGAUAGAGGAGAAGUUGGUCAGAUUGGCCCAAGAGGGGAAGAUGGCCCUGAAGGCCCGAAAGGUCGAGCAGGCCCAACCGGAGACCCAGGUCCUUCAGGUCAAGCAGGAGAAAAGGGAAAACUUGGAGUUCCAGGAUUACCAGGAUAUCCCGGAAGACAAGGUCCAAAGGGUUCCACUGGAUUCCCUGGGUUUCCAGGUGCCAAUGGAGAGAAAGGUGCACGGGGAGUAGCUGGCAAACCAGGCCCUCGGGGUCAGCGCGGUCCAACGGGUCCUCGAGGUUCAAGAGGUGCAAGAGGUCCCACUGGGAAACCCGGGCCAAAGGGCACUUCAGGUGGUGAUGGCCCUCCUGGCCCUCCAGGUGAAAGAGGUCCUCAAGGACCUCAGGGUCCAGUUGGAUUCCCUGGACCGAAAGGCCCUCCUGGACCACCUGGGAAGGAUGGGCUGCCAGGACACCCUGGGCAACGUGGGGAGACUGGAUUUCAAGGCAAGACCGGCCCUCCUGGGCCAGGGGGAGUGGUUGGACCACAGGGACCAACCGGCGAGACUGGUCCAAUAGGGGAACGUGGGCAUCCUGGCCCUCCUGGCCCUCCUGGUGAGCAAGGUCUUCCUGGUGCUGCAGGAAAAGAAGGUGCAAAGGGUGAUCCAGGUCCUCAAGGUAUCUCAGGGAAAGAUGGACCAGCAGGAUUGCGUGGUUUCCCAGGGGAAAGAGGUCUUCCUGGAGCUCAGGGUGCACCUGGACUGAAAGGAGGGGAAGGUCCCCAGGGCCCACCAGGUCCAGUUGGCUCACCAGGAGAACGUGGGUCAGCAGGUACAGCUGGCCCAAUUGGUUUACCAGGGCGCCCGGGACCUCAGGGUCCUCCUGGUCCAGCUGGAGAGAAAGGUGCUCCUGGAGAAAAAGGUCCCCAAGGGCCUGCAGGGAGAGAUGGAGUUCAAGGUCCUGUUGGUCUCCCAGGGCCAGCUGGUCCUGCCGGCUCUCCCGGGGAAGACGGAGACAAGGGUGAAAUUGGUGAACCAGGACAAAAAGGCAGCAAGGGUGACAAAGGAGAAAAUGGCCCUCCUGGUCCCCCAGGUCUUCAAGGACCAGUUGGUGCCCCUGGAAUUGCUGGAGGUGAUGGUGAACCAGGUCCUAGAGGACAGCAGGGGAUGUUUGGGCAAAAAGGUGAUGAGGGUGCCAGAGGCUUCCCUGGACCUCCUGGUCCAAUAGGUCUUCAGGGUCUGCCAGGCCCACCUGGUGAAAAAGGUGAAAAUGGGGAUGUUGGUCCCAUGGGUCCACCUGGUCCUCCAGGCCCAAGAGGCCCUCAAGGUCCCAAUGGAGCUGACGGACCACAAGGACCCCCAGGAUCUGUUGGUUCAGUUGGUGGUGUUGGAGAAAAGGGUGAACCUGGAGAAGCAGGGAACCCAGGGCCUCCUGGCGAAGCAGGCGUAGGCGGUCCCAAAGGAGAAAGAGGAGAGAAAGGGGAAGCUGGUCCACCUGGAGCUGCUGGUCCUCCUGGUGCCAAGGGGCCACCAGGUGAUGAUGGCCCUAAAGGUAACCCGGGCCCUGUUGGUUUUCCUGGAGAUCCUGGUCCUCCUGGGGAACCUGGCCCUGCAGGUCAAGAUGGUGUUGGUGGUGACAAGGGUGAAGAUGGAGAUCCUGGCCAACCGGGUCCUCCUGGUCCAUCUGGUGAGGCUGGCCCACCAGGUCCUCCUGGAAAAAGAGGUCCUCCUGGAGCUGCAGGUGCGGAGGGAAGACAAGGUGAAAAAGGCGCAAAGGGAGAAGCAGGUGCUGAAGGUCCUCCUGGAAAAACCGGCCCAGUCGGUCCUCAGGGACCUGCAGGAAAGCCUGGUCCAGAAGGUCUUCGGGGCAUCCCUGGCCCUGUGGGAGAACAAGGUCUCCCUGGAGCUGCAGGCCAAGAUGGGCCACCUGGUCCUAUGGGACCUCCUGGCUUACCUGGUCUCAAAGGUGACCCUGGCUCCAAGGGUGAAAAGGGACAUCCUGGUUUAAUUGGCCUGAUUGGUCCUCCAGGAGAACAAGGGGAAAAAGGCGACCGAGGGCUCCCUGGAACUCAAGGAUCUCCAGGAGCAAAAGGGGAUGGGGGAAUUCCUGGUCCUGCUGGUCCCUUAGGUCCACCUGGUCCUCCAGGCUUACCGGGUCCUCAAGGCCCAAAGGGUAACAAAGGCUCUACUGGACCCGCUGGCCAGAAAGGUGACAGCGGUCUUCCAGGGCCUCCUGGGCCUCCGGGUCCACCUGGUGAAGUCAUUCAGCCUUUACCAAUCUUGUCCUCCAAAAAAACGAGAAGACAUACUGAAGGCAUGCAAGCAGAUGCAGAUGAUAAUAUUCUUGAUUACUCAGAUGGAAUGGAAGAAAUAUUUGGUUCCCUCAAUUCCCUGAAACAAGACAUCGAGCAUAUGAAAUUUCCUAUGGGUACUCAGACCAAUCCAGCCCGAACUUGUAAAGACCUGCAGCUCAGCCAUCCUGACUUCCCAGAUGGUGAAUAUUGGAUUGAUCCUAACCAAGGUUGCUCAGGAGAUUCCUUCAAAGUUUAUUGUAAUUUCACAUCUGGUGGUGAGACUUGCAUUUAUCCAGACAAAAAAUCUGAGGGAGUAAGAAUUUCAUCAUGGCCAAAGGAGAAACCAGGAAGUUGGUUUAGUGAAUUUAAGAGGGGAAAACUGCUUUCAUAUUUAGAUGUUGAAGGAAAUUCCAUCAAUAUGGUGCAAAUGACAUUCCUGAAACUUCUGACUGCCUCUGCUCGGCAAAAUUUCACCUACCACUGUCAUCAGUCAGCAGCCUGGUAUGAUGUGUCAUCAGGAAGUUAUGACAAAGCCCUUCGGUUCCUGGGAUCAAAUGAUGAGGAGAUGUCCUAUGACAAUAACCCUUUCAUCAAAGCACUGUAUGAUGGCUGUGCAUCCAGAAAAGGCUAUGAAAAGACUGUCAUUGAAAUCAAUACACCAAAAAUUGAUCAAGUACCUAUUGUUGAUGUCAUGAUCAAUGACUUCGGUGAUCAAAAUCAGAAGUUCGGAUUUGAAGUUGGUCCCGUUUGUUUUCUUGGCUAAGAUUAGGACAAAGAACACAUGAAAUCAACAGAAAAUAUACCUUGGUGCCACCAACCCAUUUUGUGCCACAUGCAAGUUUUGAAUAAGGAUGGUAUAGAAAACAACUUGCUACAUAUGCAGGUACCAUUUAGGAAAUACCGAUGCCCUUGUGAGGGCAGAAUCACGUGACAAAAGCUUUGAAAAUCAUAAAGAUGUAAGUUAGUGUGGCUAAGAUGGAAACAGGGCUGAUUCUUGAUUCCCAAUUCUCAUCUCUCCUUUUCCUAUUUGAAUUUCUUUGGUGCUGUAGAAAACAAAAAGAGAAAAAUAUAUAUUCAUAAAAAAUAUGGUGCUCAUUCUCAUCCAUCCAGGAUGUGCUAAAACAGUGUGUUUAAUAAAUUGUAAUUAUUUUGUGUACAGUUCUAUACUGUUAUCUGUGUCCAUUUCCAAAACUUGCACAUGUCCCAGAAUUCCAUCUGACUCUAAUUUUAUGAGAAUUGCAGAACUCUGAUGGCAAUAAAUAUAUGUAUUAUGAAAAAAUAAAGUUGUAAUUUCUGAUGACUCUAAGUCCCUUUCUUUGGUUAAUAAUAAAAUGCCUUUGUAUAUAUUGA